UACACCUUCGUUACUACAAGAACUGUUGAAUGGCAUAAUAUAAUGUAAUAAUUUUUCACCAUACGACCAUGUGAAGGUAGCGAAACGGCCAAGCCACAUAUUAUGACCAAGGUGAAUUAGAAGCUUGGCUCUACAUGAGAUCUGAUAACUUUUUGGCACUGCGAGCCUUAUGGUUUCGUGUUGGAAACAUUUUACAUGAAAAUGUUUUUGGUAGGAUUUCACUUCUUUUUAUAAGUUGAUUAUGACAAUCUACCGUCCACUAAUUUAAAGGGUCGGAGGUGCUUUACAAAAAAAAUGAAAUUAUUUAUAAAAAGGAUAUCAGUUUUCAGAUUUCUAGCAUCAAAAUUUGCGUGUCUCCUACAAACUUUCAUUCUUUACUUUAAAAGGUUGGAGGGUAUAAGUUCCAAGUUUAAGAUUUUUUUUUGUUAUUUGUAUACUAAUAGUUGCUUACAUACCAAAUUUCAGCUUUCUAGGGCUUGAAGAAUUUAGAUGAUCAGACGAUCACGAUGUGAGUGAGUGAUAAAUCGGGGUUUAUUAGAUAUCAAUAAAAUCUAAAGUAUAAGAGCUAUGCAAUAGAAAAUGUAUAUGUAUAAUAAGUACAUUAUUAAUAUUAUAUCCCGAGAAUUUUGUAUAUCUGGUUUAUACCAGAUACCCAAGUUAUGAGGGUUGAAAAACGACGAAGCGCUUAGGUAGGUAGUAGUACCCUUGCGCUUCGCUCGACUCGUCUUGACGGGGGUACUACUGUGCCACCAGAUUUCCCAGUUCAGUUCAGCAGUCUUCAAGAUGUCCCGAAAAAACCCAAGAAUUAAGAACCCGCUCCUUCGAGAUUUUGAAGUGGGCAAAAACGCACGAACCAUUUUAAAACACUAUUUCUAUACAUUUAAUGCCACCGUAUGAGUCAGGUUUCGAGCCACGAUCAACGCUAAAUAAAUGUGUUUAAAUUACCGAUAAUCAAUGUUUAUUUAGAUUUGAUCACUGAAAGCAGUUUAUGUAGCUACCUAUUUUCAUACUUUUUGCUAGGUGUAUACAGAACUCAUCUCGAAGUUAGCCUUACCCGUAUAGGUGGGAGUUUUCAGAAAAUAGUGUACUUACCUAAUUAGAGUGAUUAGUUAAGAAAAGUUAAUCGCUGUCAGUUUUGUGACGACAAUGAAGCGUGAAAUCUCCAUGGCAAUCAACUUUUUGCCUUUUUUAUAUCGUAAUAUCCUUUUUUUUAUACUACGUCAGUGUCAAACAAGCAUAUGGCCCUCCUGAUGGUAAACGGUUACCGUAGCCUAUGGACGCCUGCAACUCUAGAGGUGUUCCAUGUGCGUUGCCGACCCUAACACCCCGCACCCUCGUUGAGUAUCGCUUAUAGUUUAUGAAAUGAAUACCAAAACCAAGUUUUUAUUGAAAUUUAAUGCUUAAUUAUCGUCACAAAAGUAAUUAAGUUUUCUUAACAAGCCACGCUAAUUGGAUACACUAUUUUCUGAAAACUCCCAGUACAGUAACCUUAUUAAAUUCUCCUUCAAUUUUAAGUCUGUUAAAAAUAGCAACAAUAGUGUGAAGUUAUGUUCCAACGAAAUUGAGAAAAAUAAACUGCAAGUAUACCUAUUUGCAGUAUUUAAAUAUUAAUAUUUCAAAUGUAUUGUAUAGUAUUCCAAAUGUCUUUUAAAAAUUACUAAAUCCACGCAAAAAGUAAGCGUAAGAAAAAAAUUAUUUAAAAAACAGGCACUAUAUUAUUUAACAUUUCCUGUGAUGUUUAUUUAUUUAUAAGGUGAUACCGGAACGUUAAUUUCCAAUGCGGAUGGUGGGCACAUAUCGAGCGAGCAAGGUUAUGCUAAACAUCCGGCAAAUGCUAGGCAAUAAAGGCAAUUAAAUACAUAAAGGCCGGUAGCUAACAAAAUAGCAAAAUGGGCUCAUUUUAUAUUUUAUGCAACACUUUUUUUUACGGAUUUUGACGACCGGUCUGGCCUAGUGAGUGACACCGAUGGUUCAAAUCCUGAUCGCUUUUACUGCCUUCCUGGCCUGCGCCGUCGCCGCUCCAGGGCUCUUAGUCGCCCACGAGGCUCCCGUUGUCCACUCCGUGCACGCCAUCCCCGUGGUGGGCUCCAAGACCACCAUCACCAAGAGCAGUCAGGUCGUAAACCACGGCAACCCCGUUGUGCACGCCGUUCACACCCCGGUCGUGCACGCUGCGCCCGUUGUGUCCGUACACUCUACUCCUAUCGUCCACGCCGCACCCGUGGUGCACGCCGCUCCCGUUGUCCAUGCCGUCCACGCCGCUCCCGUCGUGCACGCCGCUCCACUAGUCGUGAAGACUGCUCCCGCCGCCAUCGCUCACAGCAGCUCAGUUGUUCACCACGGACAUGUCGUCAAGUCCGUCCCCCUGAUCGCUGUCCAUCAUUAAUUAGAUAUUUAGAAUAAAAUACUUGAUUAAUUUAAUUAAUUAAAUAAAAUUAGAUUAUAUUUUA